AUGUCUGACAAGCCAUUUCGCUGGCGCACGAUUGUCGAAGUCGCUGCGAUCAGCAUUGUUAUCUACAUUGUCUUGGGUGCUCCAGGUCUAAAGACCCCAAGUCACAUUGAGAGCACGAGCGAGCAAGAUGUGCCAAUCGCUCGCGCCAGAGCCGAGUCACUGGUCUAUCCAGAUUGGAAAGAUCUGAAAUGCUCGAAGCAUGGAGUUGAUAUGCAUAUCUUCUCUACACAGCCUCUGGUGAUCUAUAUUGAUGGCUUCUUGAGCGGCGACGAGGUGGAACAUCUUGUUGAUAUCAGCGAAGGGAAGUGGCAGAAGUCCACCGUGUUCAAUGCAGGUGUUGAGACCGAGGACGAGGCUGUGCGCAAGUCGGAGAAGGCGCUCAUACCUCGAGACGACGUUGUUCAGUGUAUCGAGCAGCGAGCCUUAUCGAUUCAAGGUUGGCCCAAAGAUACCUUCAUCGAGCGCCUUUGGACGCAACGCUACAAUGUCUCUGGCCACUACUCCUUCCACUACGACUGGAGUACAGCGACCAAGGAGGCGAUGAGGGUCAGCACGUUCAUGGUGUACCUGAAAGCCGAUUGUGAAGGCGGCGGCACCAACUUCCCUAGGCUGCGGAUGCCGGACGACCCAAAGUGGUGUCGAUAUAUACAAUGCGGCAAGGACGCAGGUGGCGAAGGAGUCACUUUUAAGGCGAAGGAAGGGAACGCCAUCUUCUGGAUGAACUUCGAUAGCGAGAGAAGAGGGUACAAGGAGGUCAUUCAUGCUGGUAUGCCUGUUACCAAGGGCACGAAGAUUGGCUUGAAUAUAUGGAGCUGGUAUCAGAAGGGGCAUAUGGCUGAGCUGUAG